CACUUCAGGAGUGUUGCGUGCAGCCAAUCGUCAGUACAAACCCAACAAGACUACAUCUAGGCUGCGAGUGGGAGGGAGGAGUGGACUUGGGAAGCAAAACAUGGCGAAAUAACAAGUUUGGCGGCUAUACCGCAGUUAGAAACUGCACCGAUUCUAGCAGUGGCGGACUAUGACUGCAAGUUCAUAAAAUCUGGACGCCGGAGAUCGACGGCAGCGCUCAACUUUGAAGCGUCGAGUGCUCAGGCUUACAAGUAUUACGGUGGCUGCCGAUAACACAGUGCCUGCUCGUCUGCCCGUGUUUUCCCCCGGAAGGUUGGCAGUGCUAGGCGCGACUGUCAACACAGAACAUGGAUGAAGAAGGAAAGGGAAAGUUUAUUCUGGAAAAGACAAUUUAGCUCGCUAGCCUAGCUGCGUUAGCCAGCCGGCCAGUUAAACGUUAGAUUAACCGCACACACCUGACUCGGUAUUCGGAUUAUUUGUGCGCUCUGGACGAAACCCGGGGGGCGAAUUUAACUCGCGUUAACAAGUUUGACAACUGCAGCCGCAGGGAAUCGCAUUUGAAACGAGGCCCUUUUUUUUCCUCCCAACGCUCCUAAUCUGUGACAAAAUCCCGGGAGGUUUAAGGCCAGCAGUGAGAGCCUGACGGUCGGUUCUGGUGCGGUGCGGACGGACCCGGGGACGCCAUCACAUCAGACGUUGCGUUCUUAGUAAAACAAUCACUGCGCUGCUAAACCGUAAAUAAUAAAAAAAAAAAAUAGCAUACUUUAUCAGUGUAAGUAGGAAUGUUUCAGUGGCACACAACACCUGUCUGGUAGUUGUUUUUCUUCUUCUUCUCCCCCCUCGGUGACACGCAUCGGUGUAUCAUAUGUGAGAUUAGCUGGGAUGUUGGAGAGCAGGGGAGAAGCGGCGUCUUGUCAAAAUGAACGCAGCAAGGUGUUCAACAACAGCGGAGGUGCUCUGCAUUUGAAACCUGCCAGUUGUUAGAUCGAUAUCAAAUGGGCGGCUAACAGCAACGUUGACAGUCUGUCUAAAAAAAUCCUACUUUUUAAGUUGCAUGCGAUUUGAUUUGCUGCCGCAGGCGGCAUUUCUGUAAAACAAGGGCGAAUAACAUUUACAGCUUUCGGUCAGAGUUGACGUGAGCUAGCCAGCUGGGUGCGUCUGUCCGCUCUAUCUGCGAUGCAUUUGCUAAUCUAAGUGCUACAGCUCCUGCGUGUUGGACCGCCACUUUGCUGUAUUUCCCCUGGGUUUAGGCCGUUAUAAGCUCGCGUGAUCGGCCGCUUAAAUCCCCCUUAAGCACUUCUUGUCAAAUUAGUGGCUAACUUAUUAGCCAGCGUGAUAAGUUUCGCCAGCUAUGUCUGAAAACGCCCCCACAAGAAGCCUGGAUGACAUAGACCUCGCAGCUCUGAGGGAUCCAGCAGGAAUCUUCGAGCUGGUCGAGGUCGUUGGCAAUGGCACAUAUGGACAGGUGUACAAGGGACGUCACGUGAAGACGGGCCAGCUGGCUGCCAUCAAGGUGAUGGAUGUUACAGAGGAGGAAGAAGAGGAGAUCAAAGCUGAAAUAAACAUGCUGAAAAAAUACAGCCACCACCGCAACAUAGCCACAUACUACGGUGCCUUUGUCAAGAAGAGUCCGCCGGGACACGACGACCAGCUUUGGCUGGUGAUGGAGUUUUGUGGGGCGGGGUCAGUGACCGACCUGGUGAAAAACACUAAGGGCAGCUCUCUAAAGGAGGACUGGAUUGCUUACAUCUGCAGAGAGAUCCUAAGGGGUCUGUCUCACCUCCAUGCCCAUAAAGUUAUCCACAGAGACAUCAAGGGCCAGAACGUUCUGCUAACAGAGAAUGCAGAGGUCAAACUGGUCGAUUUUGGGGUCAGCGCCCAGUUGGACAGGACAGUUGGGCGAAGAAAUACCUUUAUUGGCACACCGUACUGGAUGGCACCUGAGGUCAUUGCCUGCGAUGAGAAUCCUGACUCCACCUAUGACUACAGGAGUGAUAUUUGGUCCUUGGGAAUCACAGCUAUUGAGAUGGCCGAAGGAGCUCCUCCCUUGUGUGACAUGCACCCAAUGAGAGCCCUCUUCCUGAUCCCCAGGAACCCCCCUCCAAAACUUAAAUCGAAGAAGUGGUCCAAGAAAUUUAUUGACUUUAUAGAGAGCUGCCUUGUAAAGACAUAUCCCAGCCGGCCAUCCACGGAGCAGCUGCUCAAGCAUUCCUUCAUCAGGGAUCAGCCCACCGAACGCCAGGUCCGAAUUCAACUCAAAGACCAUAUUGACCGUACACGCAAAAAAAGAGGAGAGAAGGAAGAAACAGAGUACGAGUACAGUGGUAGUGAUGAAGAGGAGGACAAUCGUGGAGAUGACAGAGAGUCAAGUUCAAUCCUCAAUGUGCCGGGUGAGUCCACCUUGCGGCGGGACUUCCAGCGUCUGCAGCAGGAGAACAAAGAGCGCUCGGAGGCUCACAAGAGGCAGCAGGCCCAACUGGCAGCUCAGCGCCGGGACCCCGAGGAGCACAAGAGGCAACUGUUGCAUGACCGACAGAAACGCAUCGAAGAACAGAAGGAACAGCGUCGCAGACUUGAAGAGCAACAGAGAAAACAGGGAGAGAUGGUGAGGCAGCAAGAAAAGGGUCCCCAUCGGAGACUUGACGAUAUGAGACGGGAGGAAGAUAGGAGGCUGGCAGAGAGGGAGCAGGAGUUUAUCAGGCAUAAGUUAGAAGAGGAGCAGCGGCAGUUAGAAAUCCUCCAACAGCAGUUGCUUCAGGAGCAAGCGCUGUUAAUGGAAUAUAAACGCAAACAGCUCGAGGAACAGCGUCAGUCCGAGCGGCUGCAGAGACAGCUGCAACAGGAACAUGCCUACCUGGUGUCCCUGCAACAACAGCAGCAAGACAAGAAACCCCAGCUUUACCACUACAACAAAAACCUGGAGCCCAACAACAAACCGACUUGGGCCCGCGAGGUGGAGGAGAGAAGUAAGCUCAACAGACAGGGCUCACCCAAAAUCUGCACUACUGUCUCCGACACUGCCAUCCAGUCACGCUCUGACUCAAUCAGCCAGUCAGGAGCGGUCCAGUCCGCGCAGACCCCACCGAUGCAAAGGCCUGUUGAACCCCAAGGAGGGCAGGGCAAGUUCCAGAUGGCUCACUUGGUUCCUCUGAAGCCUUAUGCUGCCCCUGUCCCUCGCUCUCAGUCACUCUGUGACCAGCCCACUAAGACCAUGUCCGCCUUCCCUACCCAGGAUCCUUCCCUGACCCCCACACCCCGCCCUAUCCACUCCAGAGAGCUGGUGCGUCAGAAUUCAGACCCCACUUCUGAAACCCAGGCACCACAGGCACACCAAAUCAGAGAGGAUCGUGGCCCAUGGAUCCGCCUGCCAGAUGUAGAGCUUCCACCCAAGAUUCCACAGAGGACGGCGUCUAUCGCCACAGCUCUCAACACAAACCUAACCUCUGGUAUAAGGCACCCAGUAAGAGCCAGCAAUCCAGAUCUCAGUCGCAAUGAUCGCUGGGAGAGAGGAGACAGCAUGAGCAUCAUAUCCAAUCUUCCCCAGACGGGCAGUUUAGAGAGGCAUCGCAUCCUCAGUUCCUCCAAAAUGGAUUCGCCCAUUCUCUCCCACGAUCCUCGUCACAAGCCAGGAGAAUCUCGAACCUCCUCCCGGCCUGGGCGUCCUGCUAGUUACAAGAGAGCUAUAGGGGAGACCCCAGAGAAGCGCAGCCAUAACGGAUACACUAACUUGCCAGAUGUGGUGCAGCCCUCUCACUCCCCCACUGACUCAGCCACUCACUCCUCUCCUGGGAAGGACUCUGUUUACGAUUAUCAGUCCAGAGGUUUGGUUAAGGCAUCUGGCAAAUCCUCUUUCACUACCUUUGUGGAUCUGGGGAUGUACCAGUCACCAGGAGGUACAGGCGAUAACAUAUCUGUCAGUGGCUCCAGGUUUGAUCAGCUGAAGAUGGAAGUGAGGAAAGGAUCCAUGGUGAAUGUCAAUCCCACCAACACACGCCCUCCUAAUGACACACCAGAGAUCCGCAAGUAUAAGAAGAGGUUUAACUCUGAGAUCCUGUGCGCUGCACUUUGGGGUGUGAACCUUUUGGUAGGCACGGAGAAUGGUUUGAAGCUACUGGAUCGUAGUGGUCAGGGCAAGGUGUACCCCCUCAUCAACUCGCGCAGGUUCCAGCAGAUGGACGUCCUGGAGGGCCUCAACCUGCUCAUCACCAUAUCAGGCAAGAAAAACAAAGUGCGUGUCUACUACCUGGCAUGGCUGAGGAAUAAGAUCCUCCACAAUGAUCCUGAAGUAGAAAAGAAGCAGGGUUGGACCACAGUGGGAGAGAUGGAGGGCUGUGUACACUACAAAGUGGUGAAAUACGAGAGGAUAAAGUUCCUGGUGAUUGCUUUGAAGAACGCGGUGGAAGUUUAUGCUUGGGCGCCCAAACCUUAUCACAAAUUCAUGGCCUUCAAGUCUUUUUCAGAUUUGCCACACAGGCCUGUCUUGGUCGACUUGACAGUGGAGGAAGGCCAGAGGUUGAAGGUCAUCUAUGGAUCUUGCGCUGGCUUCCACGCCAUUGAUGUGGACUCCGGAAACAACUAUGAUAUUUAUAUUCCCGUUCACAUCCAGAGCCAAGUGAUGCCACACGCAAUCGUGUUCCUGCCCAGCUCAGACGGCAUGGAGAUGCUGCUGUGCUAUGAGGACGAGGGCGUCUACGUCAACACAUAUGGGCGCAUAAUAAAGGACGUUGUCCUGCAGUGGGGCGAGAUGCCUACAUCUGUUGCUCAUAUCUGCUCAAACCAGAUCAUGGGUUGGGGAGAAAAGGCCAUUGAGAUCCGCUCUGUGGAGACUGGCCACUUGGACGGUGUUUUUAUGCACAAAAGAGCUCAGCGGCUGAAGUUCCUUUGCGAGAGAAAUGAUAAGGUGUUUUUCGCAUCAGUGCGGUCCGGAGGCAGCAGCCAGGUUUACUUCAUGACGUUGAACAGAAACUGCAUCAUGAACUGGUGAAAGGACCCCAGCAGGGAUCGAAGAAAGAAGUGCAUCCGAAAUUUGCGCUAACGCAUGCACCACACGUGAACAUCACUCUCUCUUUUCUCUCCAGCAAGCUCACACUCAAGCACUCAUAGUCCAAAGAGACACGCAUACACACACACAGCACACACAACACACACACACACCACACACACAGACACAUACAAAUACAAAAACAAUCUUAAAAUCCAUUCCAACUUACACUCCUUAAGACGCCGUUUCAACCGUGACCCCCUGAAAACAUUCUCCCUCGAGGAUACCGUGAAAAACAGCCGAUGAGCUUCAUAUGUUGAUACCAUCUAUUUCAUUUGUACUGUAUAUAUUCUUGUCUUGAUUUCCUUUUCUUUGUGGACCCGUGUUCAGUCGUAAAUAUUUAGUUCCUAAUUGUGAAGUAUGUUAACAUUCCUUGAUGGUUCUCCAGUACUUUUGAGGAAGGCAUUAUUUACUAAUGGUAUAUAUCAAAAUGAAGCUGUAAAUAGAUAGCACCUUAGACUUGGAUCCGAAUCAUUUGCAGGCCUCUUGCAUAGCCGACGUGAGACGAUAAACACCUGCAACGGCUCGUGGCCCCUGGUUAUUUUGAGGCUUCUACAGAUUCAGGGAGGCUCAAAGAAUUAUUAUAAACAUAUUACAAAGGGACAAAGUCCGGCGAAGUAGCUCGUUUACAUUUUUUUUCUUCUUCUUUUUUUUUUAAAUCUACAGUAGACAGUUAAAGGAACUCUUACUUUGUUUCUCUGACCAAACCAAAUUAUGGUUCAGUUCUUAAUCACUGGCAAAUAAGCCUAAAAUCCUUCAAUAACAGAAUAAAUUCACUUUGAACAAUCAAUCAGAAGUCUCCAUACUCUACGGUACUCAGAAUGAGUACGGUGAAAACUUCCUGCUUUGCCUUUUUGUAGUUUAGGCGAAACGAUCAGUUGUAUGUCUCAUCAGGCUUGUAUCUAAACUUUUUUGUUUCCAUAGAUUUUCAAAACUACACAAAUUUGAUAUUUAUAUGUAGUGAUUCUGUAUUGGUAUUAGCCUACUGGUAUUUUUAAUUUUACUGUAAUUACGUUGCCAUUAUAUUGCAAUAUAUACUGUUCUCGUGGAGUGUUUUGAGCAGGGGAGUUCAUAUAUUUGGCUAGCAGUGUUGGAGUAUGACGGCAACUCUGAAGGGGAGAGAGGGGACGGGAGAUUUGUCAGGAGGAGGAGGAUGUUAGUGAGACACGGGAGGAGGGUUUGCCACCUUCCUACCACUCUGAUCUACUCUACUGUAUUAUAUUUUAGUUCUUAGACUAUUUUGUUAGUGUGGAUUUUUUUUUCGUGAGAAGUGUUUGUCCAGGCAAUUGCGGUAGAACAGCCCUCUGUGUGUGAUAGAAGUCAUAUUUGUCCUGGGCCAGUAGAAAGAUUCGAUUAAUGGGGACUCUGCUGUGCCGCAGAGGGCUCCAUCUCAUCAGGCACUUUGGAGAGCACAGCUGAAACUCACGAGACUUAAUAUAUUUUAUAUCUGUACAUUCUGCCAAAGUUCACCGUGUAUAUUUUGCAGCAGAGGUUUGAAGCAAGGCCAAAGGGAAAGAGGAGCUUAUGGAUGCUGACCAAGAAACUAUUCCUACAGAUCACUAACCAAUAUUUUGCUUUCAAUAUACCAAUCCAAAAUGUGAGUUAGUGGUGUUAUGGUAUGAUUCUGUGUUUCCUUUGCAUAGAUUCGAUUUUGUUAAUUUUUUUAAGGGGAAUUAGACUUCGGGAAGCUGCUUAAGCGAGAGGUUGGUUGUUCCUCUACACCAAACACUACGGUACAAGCAUGAGGGCAGCCUUAUCAGAAAGAGGCUUGAUGAAUGGAGCUUUUUGUUCAGUGAGUCACUUGGUUCACUGCACCGCCAGAGGUGGAUGUUUAGCGUGGUUGAUGGGAAAAUGUGCUGUUUGUUCACCAACUUGUGCAUCAGAGCUAUUAUGUAAAUAUUCUAAGAAUUCUAAACUGAAUCUUAGCCAGUGAUCUGUAGGAAGGUUUGUUAAAGCCUGCUCUUUAAGCUAAGGAGAUAUAUUUUAUUCAUGAAAAAAACGAAGAAAGCUAUCAAGACUGCAGUGUACAUUCAGGACAGAGCGUUUAAUCGAAAGUUCUAUAAAUAGGUGGUUAAUUUUCUGAGAGUAUGCGAUAAAUGGGCAUGGAAAGCACCUUGAGCAAACAUACAUUUACAAGUAUAUCUCACACAGAUACUUUGGUGUGCAUGUAAGCCAUUGAAAUAGAUUAUAUAGUACUGUAUCAAAGUUGUUUUCCCCUUAAGCGAAUGUGUUUUUAUUCCUAAGUAUCUUUUAUGUGCCAUGACCUACUUUUCAAACGUCUACAACUACAAUCGUCCCGGAGCUCUGGCACUCGUGCUUUUUAUGAUCAAAUCCUUAUUUUUUAUCAAUCUGCCAUGUUUACAGUUAAAGCAGUGCCUUGGACUCGGGAAGGUGAGAUGCUUUUUUUUGGAAGGGUUGUGAGCCCACUCCCCACCCCUAUAUGCCCGCCCCCUCGCUCCCACCCCCAAAAACUGAAAAUCACAUGAAGAAGAGGCACAAUUAUAUUUGCUCCCUCGUCAAGAUUAAUGUCCUGUGCCAGUUAAGUGCACUUAAGUAAAAUCCAUAUUAUCUCUUAAAUGGACUUGAAAUGCUUUUUCUUUGUUCUUUCUUUCUUUCUGUUUUAUUUUUUGGGGCAACAUAUAUUCUAACGUCAAAUAAUCAGCAGACAAGAAUCUAUUGAGAGAAUUGCAAUAACAGAUAAGUUAAUAUAUGUCCAGUUAAUCCAGUGUAACGUGUUGAGGAUGUACUCACAGCAGGAGCCAGCAUAGAGUAAAGCCAUGAAUAUGUAGAGGAAAAAACAAAAGUUAAUGUGCACACAUCAAGUUAAACUGUGUGUGUAUGUGUGUGUGUAUGUGUGUGAGUGAUGUCUGCUCCUAAAAAUGUAGGUUCAUUCUGCACAGGUGAUCUAAGCGCUUCUUUAACAUGUUGAUUGUGUAAUGUUGUAGUGGGGAGAGUAGCGUGACUUAUCCUGAGAAGCCUAUUUUAUAAAAUAUGUAAAUGAGUCUAUAUUGAGAAAUAAAAAGUGAAUGUACAUCUAUAAGACAGAUUUGUAUUUAUAUGAAAGUGUGUACCGCUCUAUUAAUCUAAGCACAAUGUAUUCUAAGGCCGAGAGAUCAAAGCUAUACCCGAGUCUAACGGAGAGAUGGGAUAUUUUAUUUGCCCCCCCUCCCCCAAAUAUUCCCCUCUUUCAUUCUGUCAUUCAUUAAACUAGUCCGGGUGUGAUUAGGAGUUGUUAUAGCUAAGCAGGAGACAACUGUGUGUGUAUGUGGACAGUCUUAAAAAUCUAUCCAGACAGAAACAUACAUGUCUGUUGUUAGCGGAGGAGUCAGGUGUGGCUGGGAUUCAGACACUUGAGGUGACUCGCAGUCUGUUAUUGGAUCUGCCCUCUGGUGUAAAUGGCCUACAGGGGGGUGACAGGCUGAUAAUAUUCUCAGGAGAUGAUCGCAAUGGUCAUGAAGACAGAACUACACUGAUGUUAGGAGCCCAAUAGUGUGUGGUGUGGGGUCAUCGGCUCUUCACACACCACAAACGAGCCAAUAAUCUUUCGUUUUCAUAAAGUAUUAAAAGUAAUUCCACUGAUUUUACACGUCAGAGUCUGUUUUUGGUGUCAGUAGGUGCUUCGUGUGAUGUCGGGUCGCGCUGCUCGAGGCUGAAGGCCAACAAAAAUUCUUGCAUGAGACUACAUUUUUGCACACCUGAAUCUUUAACUGAAAUUGCGGUGUGUGUUGUGGGAGCUUCAGUGUACAGGAUAGUGGAUGCAUGCCUGGAAAUAAAAAGAUCUCUAUUAAUUCUGAAGUGUUAAACAUGAAUCUGGCUACUUCACACGUAUAGCAUGACGGACAGCUUAUGAAAAAAAAAUGAAAAUCAUCCAAAUUGUAGGAGAGCUCAAGCUUGAGUGUGUGCAAAGCUUUGAUGUGUAAAAUCAGUGUUUUCCCCUCUUUUAAACACAUAACUUCCAUAAUGUACUCCAUUGGCAGUUACGUAAAAUAUCCUGCAUACACAAAAAAAUAAUCACUUCCAUGUAAACAAAAGCAAAAAGCCAUAGCAUCACUUAACUCUUGUCAUUUUAACUGCAUGGUUUGUGCUGGCAGGUUUUCUGGAGAGCACUGCAGCUAAAUUAUUAACGUUAACCAUGAAAGCCUUUUGACAAACGUUUGUCGCCAACCCGACCGAGAGCGUCACUCCCAAACACUCAGCUUGUUGCCUCAUUUCGUGCAGCAGAAAUUCUUCUAAUGGUGUUGCGGUCUGGAAGACGGACGAGUGGUUAUGGUUGGUGAUUUCCCUAAAUGCACCUUAAGAUGCGAAAGUGCUAUUUCAUUUUGUGCCAACGACCAUUAAAAGACCUGAACCUCACAGCUCAUUAGUUUCCUGGGAAGAUUUGCGUCAGUCUGGCCGUAAGCUUGGACAGACUCGACCGCUGAAUUUGUGUGAUUUGACUCUUGAGUUGUAGGUGUGGAGGAUUGUUCUUCUUUCUUUCUUCCUUUUUUUUUAAUUUAAAGCAAUACAAGCGUUUGAAGAGUUUCAAAAUUGUCCAUGCGAGUGUGACUUGCAGGUCGUGAUUCUCCAGUGGCCUUCGGCAGACUUAACAUAGGCUGGUUUGUGUGUUACAAAAAUCAUUCUGUGCUUUCGCUUUUGUUUGUAAUCACACAUACACAAAAAAAAAAAAAAAAAAUUAAUGUCGGUUUAACACAAUCACAUGCUGGGACGCUUGAUGUAAUCCAACAACUGCCUUUAUGAACUCUUAAGUAUCGAUAAAUGGCUGAUAGAUAAUCAUCUCAUGAGGCACUCUUCUCUUCUAACUUAUAUUUCUAAUCAAUCCCGUGUGACAGGAUUAGCAGCUGUAGUCGGGGAGUGAGGCAGAUCAAAACAUGGGGAGCUCUACAUCGACGUGGCUCUUUGGACAGAAACACAAUAUCUCCUGUUCUUUUUCAAUAACUUUUUGGUUUGUUUUUUAGAAAGACAUCUUUGCAAUGUUUUAGUGUGCGCGCGCGCGUCUGUGUUCCUCGUGAGAGAUUAACUCCAGAUUGUAUUUCAUAGACUAAACUUUAAACUUUCAAGAUUGUGUUGAAUGAAUUCAUGUCUUAAUACAGAUUGUUUGAAAAAUAAAAUACCUUGAUCGCA